AUGGAGGAGAGCAUCGUACGUAAGGAGGCAAUCCAGCUCGCACAAAGAUUGCAUCAUAAUGACUUCAAGGCUUCCAAAGAUGAGCAACGUAUCUUGAAAGCCGAGGUGAACAUUCACAUGGCCAUGCAUGUGGUCAAGAAAGCUUGGGUGUCUGUGCACCUGCACGUACUGAUCAACGCUUUCAUGAAAGUAGGGUUCAAAUCCACAUUGCUUCAGCCGGUGAUGCCGCCACCAGAGGAUAAAUGCGAUCUGAUCGAGGACUUUACUUAUUAUGUGCCUAUUGAUGCCCGUCUUUUUGAAGAAGAAAUCGCUUGUUUGGAAUUUCAUGAUGAAGAAGUGGGUUACAUAACAUUUUUGUAUCAAGUCUCUUUUUAG